GCAGUUUUCCCUAUUCGGGUAAGUUACGCACGUCGGAGGUCGGCAUUGACGACGCCCGGGUAUGCGCGGGCGGCUAACGCAUGCAAAUCCCUGCGGGUGCGCACGCGAAAAAAGAAAAAGUACACACAAUUACACUGCCUAAACGGUCGAGUCCGGCUACCACACUACAGGAAAAAAGACAAGGCCGCAGCUGGCUGGGGGAGGGCAAAAACCGAGCCGUGCAGCGCAUGCGCCGCCUGCCGACCGUUGGCGCCGGGCCUGGGUCGAGAACGGGGCCUCUGACAGACCUCGUCUCAGCUCGGGGUCUCCGGGGGCGUCGAUCUGCCAAUAGGACGCACUGUGCUGCUCCUUCCGGUAGGCCGGCUCGUCUCCAGCUUCAGCAAACGAGGCUUUGGCGGCGCCGCGUUGCGUUUAGUUAGCCGGGACUAGUGUGCUUAGUCUUUCUCGGCUUGCCACAGGAGCACCCUGCGGACGUCAUACGGACAAUGGUCUCGGCGGCCCAGCGCCGCCGCUCUACCCCCGGCCGAAGAUCAACAUUCACCACACCUAUCGUCUCCUUCGCGUAGUCGAGACGAGCGGCUGUUGUCUCUC